AGCUACAAGGAGGGCUCAAGCAGAAGAAUCAAGUACAGUCAUGAUAGAAUUCCAGCUUCUCUUUGUACCUGAGUUUUCUCUAAGAAUAAACCAUUUUCAAGAACCCAUUAAAUGGAGUCACAGAGUAGUAAAAACAGAAGAGGGGGAAGAACAUCCAUGAACCAGAAUAACCAAAACAACAACAAAGAUUCCGGCUUUUCUACUUCUUCUGCUGCUAGUAACAUGAAGAAUAACGCCAGUAAGGCUGCCCUGGCUCAGUAUAAUGCUGAUGCAAAGUUAAUGGCUGAGUUUGAGCAGUCUAGUGUCUCUGGUAAGUCUUUUGAUUAUUCAAAAUCAGUUCCUUAUCCACCACAGGAAACUAAUGAAGAAGAAAUCACUUCUUAUCUUUCAAGAAUUCAGAGGGGUGGGCUUGUUCAACCAUUUGGUUGUAUGGUUGCUAUUGAGGAACCCACUUUCAAGAUUAUAGGUUACAGUGAGAAUUGCUUUGAUAUGUUGGGGUUUAACCCUACAAAGAUGAAAUUAGGUCUGAUUGGUGUUGAUGCUAGAACCCUUUUUACCCCUUCUUCAGGGGAUUCAUUGGCUAAAGUUAUGGCUUCUAGGGAAAUUUCUUUGUUGAACCCUAUAUGGGUUCAUUCUAGGACUACCCAUAAGCCCUUUUAUGCUAUACUUCACAGGAUUGAUGUGGGCAUUGUGAUUGAUUUGGAACCUGCUAAUUCUAGUGAUCCUGCAUUGCUGCUUGCUGGGGCAGUGCAGUCACAAAAACUGGCGGUACGGUCAAUAUCUAGGUUGCAGUCACUCCCUGGUGGAGAUAUAGGGGUUCUAUGUGAUACAGCUGUGGAAGAUGUGCAGAAGCUGACUGGAUAUGAUAGGGUAAUGGUCUAUAAGUUCCAUGAUGAUAAUCAUGGUGAAAUUGUGUCUGAGAUUAGGAGAUCAGACUUGGAACCUUAUUUGGGUUUGCAUUAUCCUGCAACAGAUAUCCCACAAGCUGCUCGCUUCUUGUUUAAACAGAACAGAGUUAGGAUGAUAUGUGAUUGUAAUGCGCAGCCUGUUAAGGUUGUUCAGAGUGAAGAACUAAAGCAGCCUAUCUGCUUGGUUAAUUCGACUCUUAGAUCACCUCAUGAAUGCCAUAGCAAGUAUAUGGCCAACAUGGGAUCUAUAUCGUCGUUGGUGAUGGCAGUUCUUAUCAAUAGCGGUGAUUCAAUGAAGCUUUGGGGUUUGAUUGUCUGUCAUCACACUUCUCCUCGGUAUGUGCCUUUCCCACUUCGAUAUGCAUGCGAAUUCUUCACACAGGCAUUUGGCUUGCAGCUUAAUAUGGAGCUUCAAUUGGCAUCACAGUUGGCAGAGAAGAAAACUCUCCAAAUGCAGACCUUACUAUGUGACAUGCUUCUUCGAGAUGUUCCAUUUGGCGUUGUAACACAAUCCCCUAGUAUUAUGGACCUUGUGAAGUGUGAUGGAGCUGCACUUUAUUCUGGUGGAAAAUGUUGGUUGCUUGGGGUGACACCAACUGAAGCACAAGUUAAAGAUAUUGCACAGUGGUUACUAGUUGCUCAUAAGGACUCUACAGGUUUAAGUACCGACUGUCUUGCAGAUGCUGGUUAUCCUGGUGCGGCUUUACUGGGAGAUUCUGUUUGUGGCAUGGCUACUGCGAGAAUUACUUCCAAGGAUUUUCUAUUCUGGUUCAGGUCUCACACAGCUAAGGAAGUCAAGUGGGGAGGUGCUAAGCAUCAUCCAGAUGAUAAAGAUGAUGGAGGAAAAAUGCACCCACGAUCUUCAUUUAAUGCCUUUCUUGAAGUGGUUAAAAGCAGAAGUUUGCCAUGGGAGAUUCCGGAGAUUAAUGCCAUUCAUUCUCUACAAAUCAUAAUGAGAGAAUCAAUCCAAGAGAAUGAAAACAGCUCUCUAAAAACUUUGACUACUUCUCAACAGAAUGAUGCUGAUGGGCCAAGCAUGGAUGAGCUUAGUUCUGUGGCAAUGGAAAUGGUUAGAUUGAUUGAGACAGCCACUGCUCCAAUUUUUGGAGUUGAUCCAUCUGGCUUAAUAAAUGGAUGGAAUGAGAAGAUUGCUGACUUAACAGGGUUGCAUGCUAGUGAAGCUGUUGGAAUGUCUCUCAUUAAUGAUAUUACUCAUGAAGAUUCAUGUGGAACUGUUGAAAACGUUCUACAUAGAGCUCUGUUAGGUGAGGAGGAAAAAAAUGUGGAAAUAAAAUUGCGAAGGUUUGGGAAAAAUCCACCAGGAUCAGUUAUAUACCUUGUGACCAAUACCUGCACAAGCCGGGACCACAAAAAUGGUGUUGUUGGUGUGUGCUUUGUGGCUCAAGAUGUCACUCCUGAGAAAUCUGUCAUGGAUAAAUUCAUUCAGUUGCGAGGAGAUUAUGAGGCUAUUGUACAAAGUCUUAGUCCAUUGAUUCCACCAAUAUUUGCUUCUGAUGAAAAUGCUUGUUGUUCGGAGUGGAAUGCAGCAAUGGAAAGAUUGACUGGUUGGACAAAAUAUGAGGUCAUGGGGAGGACUCUUCCCGGUGAAGUUUUUGGUGGUCUUUGUCGUCUUACGGGACAAGAUGCCCUUACAAAAUUUAUGAUUCUUUUCUACCAAGCAAUUAGUGGUCAUGAAACCAAAAAGCUUCCAUUUGGCUUUUUUAAUAGGACAGGAGAGUUUGUGGAAGUGUUCCUAACAGCAAACAAGAGAACUGAUGAGCAUGGGAAUAUAUGUGGGUGUUUCUGCUUCCUGCAGCCUACGACGGUUGACCCAGAGGCGUCAGAUCAGAGACAAGACUAUAAAGAUUCCCUUUCGAAAUUUAAAGAAUAUGCUUACGUACUACAGCAGAUGAAAAAUCCACUGAAUGGAAUCCAGUUUACCCAUAAACUCCUUGAAGCAACCGGUGUUUCAGAUAAUCAGAAACAGCUUCUGGAGACAAGUGAAGCAUGUGAGAAACAGAUACUGUCUGUUAUUGACAAUAUGGAUUUUGGAGGUAUAGAGGACGGCAGCAAAGUGGAGCUAAACAUGGAGGAAUUCGUUCUAGGAAAUGUUGUGGAUGCUAUUGUGAGUCAAGUAAUGAUUUUCUUGAAAGAAAAGAACUUACAGCUGCUGCAUGAUAUCCCUGACCACAUCAAAACUCUUCCUCUAUAUGGUGAUCAAAUUAAGCUUCAGCGUGUUCUGUCAGAUUUCUUGCUUAGUGUAGUGCACCAUGCCCCUUCUCCGGAUGGUUGGGUGGAAAUCAAGGUGUUACCUGGCUUGAAACUUAUACAAGAUGGAAAUGAAUUAAUCCACCUCCAGUUCAGAAUGACUCACCCUGGCCAAGGACUACCUGCUGCUCUAAUUGAUGACAUGUCUGGAGAAAGAAAUAGAUGGACAACACAAGAAGGAAUCGCGUUAAAUGUUUCCCAGAAACUUCUCAAUGUAAUGAAUGGACAUGUCCGUUAUGUCAGAGAGGAAGACAAAUGUUAUUUCCUAAUCGACGUGGAACUCCAAACAUCGAAACCUACACAACAUGGUCCGAAAUUGGAAGCAACUCAAGAAAUGGAAAUCUAGACAAACAUGGUCCAAAUUUGGAUGCAGGCAGAGUGUCCUAUCUCAAAGUACCUUUAGCUCUUCUUUGCACUUCAGGUAAAUCUCUUUUUCUGUAAUAAGAAUAUAUCUGGUAUUUCUAGAGCCUAUGAAGCCUUGGAGUUGAUUGUGAAUCUCCUACCUUGUACAUAAUUAUUAUUAUCAGCAGUAUAGGAUUUAUUUUCAUGUGGAUGUUGUAUAUUGUUUGUAUCAGAACACUGUAUAACUAUCUUCUCAAAUAAAAUGAUCCAACAGUGUUAUGCUGGUUA